AUGUCAGUCCGUGACAAAUACAGAUCAACUUUCAAUGAACUACAACGAGCUGAAAGUAUUCCUGAAAGGAUUUCGGUAUUUCGAAAGGCUUGGGCAUGGAUGAUCGAAGCUUCUCAAAAUGCGGUGACGCAUUAUGGAUUCAUAGUGAUCUCUUUGUACAUCAUCGGACUCUCUUUAUGGAGUUUGGAUACAUGUAAUGAAAUUCCACUUCUUUUGCUAAUGGUUGGAAUGGGACUCUUUGUAUGCUCAUUGUAUCAGCCAUUCUAUUCAUAUGGAAAAAAGAAAGCUGCGGAAGAUCGUCAAGAAAGAAUUGAUAAUCAUCUCGAACCUCUUCAUGAUGGGGACAUUGGAACAGAAGAAGUUAAUAAAUUCAUUCCUUGUCGUAUGAACCGAGUUUGCAACUAUGCUUUCACUUUUGUAAGCGGAGUUGCUCCAUUCUUCACAUAUUUCACGUUCUCCCAUUUUUCAUCUCGCGAGGAAUGCUAUACUAUCACUUAUUGGACUGCGUUUGUCCUUGUUUUCAUUUAUUCCUGCUAUGUGAUCGUUAUAUUAAGUGCUUGUUGCUUAUGUUGUUUUUAUUUCACUAUUCCUGAAUUGAUGCGAAAAUCUCACAACAACAGAGAACGAGAUGUUGAAACAGGAAAUUCCUAA